AUGCGCUGCGACGAGCAAAUCACCGCCCGGCCGGGAGCAUGCUGUGCGUGUGCGUAUGCGUAUGAUACGUAUCGCAUGCGGCUGACGGGAGCGACGAGACCGCGCCUUCAUUUUCGGCCGCAUCCCGACGGCGUCAGCGUGUGCGGCCGCAGAGAUGUCUCUCUCGUGGCAGGCCCGUCGAUUGGCGUCCAGUACAGUACCUACUUGGAAGCCACAGCAACCCGGCGCGAAACCUCCGCCCAAGCCUUUUCGCCUGCCGUAUUCAUCAAGGUGCGACAUUCCCAACUCCACCCCCCCAUCCGUCAUAAUUUGCACGCUCGCAGCAAUCACUUAUCUGCUCACCAACAAACGCACGCCGUUGCCGCCAUCGGCAUCAUUCCGGAGCGUCUCGAAAUGCGAUUGCAUCAUAGGAGCGAUCCGUCGUCAAGCACACGGCCAGCGCGAGCACGAUUCAUGAACGAACAGGACGUUGGAAUCAAAUCUCCGCCUCUGCCACCGCUUGGGCCGCACCCGCCAUGCCGUCGUCGCCGUCGCCGUCGCCGUCGCCGCGCUGAAGCUUGGCUCGGCCAGAGAGCGAAGCCGGCCUUGUUUGCAUGA